CCGGUGGCUUUUGUUGUUUUCUCUGCAGUGAAGUUGGGGAUCGUCGUCGUCGGAGCGUUCCUACUGGCGGUCGGGAUUCUGCUCUCCUCCGUCCCCUGGCUGGACCUCAUCAUUUCAAAGAACUUGAAGCUGUGGAACGGCACCCUGGCCUACACGUACUGGCAGAGGCCUGGCGUCAUCCGGCUCACCAAGGUCUGGGUCUUCAACAUGACCAACCAGGACGGCUUCCUCCUCAACGGCGAGAAGCCCCGCCUCCAGGAGAUCGGGCCCUUCGUCUACAGGGAGGACAUGGAGAAGGUGAACAUCGCCUUCCACGACAACGGCACGGUCACGUUUCAGCAUCGCAAGAUUCUCCGCUUCGUCCCGGAGAUGUCCGUCGAUCGGAACACCAAGAUCGUGCUGCCCAACAUUCCGCUGCUGACCCUGUCAACACACGUCUCCAACUCGUUCCCGCUCGUGCAGUUCGUGGUGAGCACGGGCGCGCGCACGCUCGGCCUCAAGCCCUUCGUGUCGCUCACCGCCGACCAGCUGCUCUUCGGCUACGACGACACGCUGGUCAAGCUCGCCCACAACCUCUUCCCGAAGCACCUGCGGCCGCAGGCGCAGAUGGGGCUGCUCUUAGGGGUAAGCGCGGAUGACUGCCAAUCGUGUCACGGUUUACCCACCCCACCAACAGUCUUUUCGAAAAUUUCUCAGAAUUUUGCAAUUUUUGAAAAAGAUACUCCACGGUGUACUCCACGGUGUACUCCACGGUGUACUCCACGGUUUACCCCAGUGUGUACCCCAGGGUGUCCUCCAGGGCGUCCUGCACGGUAUCCUCCAGGCGAGGGCCUACUCCAGGGUGUACUCCAGCGUGUCCAUCAUGAUGUUCGCUAUUUCCCCACAUCGGCCCCAGCUCUGACCAGACCAUUUUGUUCCACAGAGGCACCCGUGUACCUGUCGUAUCCGCACUUCCUCAACGGCGACCCCUCGCUGGUCGAGGCUGUCGAAGGCCUGAAGCCGGACGAGCAGCAGCACGGGACGUACUUCAAGAUCCAGCCCAAGCUGGGCGUCACCAUCUCGGCCAAGGUCCGCGUCCAGGCCAACCUGUGGGUGCGCAACGCGGCGCACGUCGGCGCCGUGUCCAAGUUCCCCACCAUCGUGUUCCCGAUCAUGUGGCUGGAGGAGGGCGUCGAGGAGCUGACGCCCAGCAUCCAGCGCUGGAUCUACCUGGCGACGACGGUGGCCGAGACGGCGCUGCCCAUCUUCACGUACGGCGCCAUCCUGCUGGGGCUGGCGCUGCUCGCGGCCGUGUUCGUGCAGUCGUACAGGAAGGUGGUGUUCACCAAGGAGAACCUGCAGAAGGGCCGGGAGAAGCUGCGGCGAGGCUCCUCCUUCCUGGUGAACGGCCAGCACCGCCUGCUCAUCCUGCGAGACUCGUACUCGCUGCUCAACACGACGCCCGAGGACGCCACCGACAUGGACCCCGACCCGGGCAGGGACAGCCCCUAGAGAGCGGCCCGGGCCGCGCGCGGCCGCGAGGGGCCGACACUUUCUAGUCCACAACUACCUUUAUUUAUUUAGCUGUGAUCCGCCCUCCCUCCCCUACCCCCCUCUCUCCCCUCACUACAUGAAUCUCGCCGACACGGAGCGUCCCUUGGUGGGCAGAGAGCUGCACGUACGCUGCCGGCUGCUGCCGCAGAAUGGAGUAGCGCGUGUUGGAACCAGAGGUUUUCAUCUUUUUAUCUCUUGUGAUUAGUCUCAUCAUAGACAGUUGUUUUCCCCGCUGGUGUCGUUUUAUUUGCUCAGUUUUAAGUCCUCUGCGAGGAUCCUAGUUUUUUAAGUGCAUGCGUCAGUUCUUUGUGAAUGCCGAAAGUAAUCUGUAAGAUUCCUUUGUUGUAGGUUUAGUACCUUCUUCCAAAUGUGACUGUGAUCAUGAUAUGGCAUCUCUUCAUUUGUAUUAUGCAAAAGGCACCCUUCACUACAUAUUCUAUAAAUAAUUGUAGUCCUGAUGAUUUUUUUUGAU